UUCAAUCCGCCAUGUUGCGUCUGAGCUGGCUGCUGCCAACGAUCGCCUUUGUUCUGGGCCUGGCCCCCAUCUCCGGGGAGAUAGUCAACUUCCAGACGUGCGAGGACAGUGUGGACACCUGCUCGAUCCACCAGGUUAGGGUGACGCCCUGUCCGGAGGCCCUUAACAAUGCUGCCUGCCGCAUUCGGCGGAGGCACAGGUUCACGAUGAGCUUCGACUUCACUCCCAACUUCGAUGCCGACUCACUGGAUGCCAGCUUGGGCUGGGCCAAGUCCGAGACUGUGGAGCUCCCGCUGCUCUCCAUGGAUCGCGAGGCCUGCAAGUACACCACCUGCCCCGUGAGGUCCGGAGUGACGCAGACCUACACCAACAACAUGCUCGCCGAUGCCAGGUUCCCCCUGAGUCCUUACACCAUUCGUUGGGCCCUCAAGGAUCCUGUCACAGGGAAGCGCUGCUGCUUCACCCACGACAUCAAGGUGGUGCGCUAGGAGAACUCCUAGACUUUGGUAUUUAGUUUAGAAAUGUUUUUUUUUCCUUAAAUAUACAAAGCACUGAAUGAACAUAUCCCAAA